CAAACAUUGAUCAAAUGUACUAGUUCAGUUGAUGCUAGAUCACUUGAGUACAUAUAUAUAUAUAUCACUAACUUAUGUGAAGAUAUCAUCUUAAUCUUUCUUUUGACAAGUAUUUGUGACUCAAUACUCAUAAACUCCAUAAUUUCCUUCACCUUUUUAUUGUUAAAUUUUUCAUUGCUUAACAAGAUUGGUUUUCUAUAGUAGCGCUACUGUUUUCUUCCUUAGGAUGUAAAGUAGUGAUCUUUUGAAUUUCCCUUUUCUUUUUCUCUGUUUUCAUUUCAGAAUAUGCUUUCUUGCCUCCUUUGAUUUGGUAUAUUUUCAGCUUCUACUAGAAAUGAUCUUUUUCCCUUUUGAAACCCUUUUUAUUUGUCUUCUCAAGCAAGAACCCAUGCACAGAUGACAGACCACAGUUCUUGAAUUCUAAAAACACUCUCUGAGUUGGUGACAUGGGUGGUGUAAAAACAGAUAAAGUUUUCUUCUUUGUUGUUGUUUGUUAGUUUUGAGCCACUUGAAAUUCCAAUUCUUGAAGACCCUUUUGGAUUCUUGAACUAGUUUGUGAGUGAAAGUUCCAAAAAAGUUAUCUUCUUUGUUGUUGUUAGUAAGUUUUGAGCUUCUUGGUAUUUGAAGACCCUUUUGGAUUCUUCAGCUAUUUUGUGAGUGGAAGUUCAAAACAGACACAGUUUUCUUCCUUUUUGUUGUUAGUAAGUUUUGAGCCUCUUGAAAUUCCUAUUCUUGAAGACCCUUUUGGAUUCCUGAGCUAGUUAGUGAGUGAAAGUUCAAAACAGAUAAAGUUUUCUUCCUUUUUUGUUGUUAGUAAGUUUUUUGAGCCUCUUGAAGACCUUUUUGGAUUUGUGAGUGAAGGUUCAAAACAGACAGUUUUCUUCCUUUUUUGUUGUUAGCCAGUUUUAAGCCUCUUGAAAUUCCAAUUCUUGAAGACCCUUUUGGAUUCUUGAGCUAGUUUGUAAGUGAAAGUAAAGUUCAAAACAGAUAAAGUUUUCUUCUUUUUUGUUGUUAGCAAGUUAUAAGCCUCUUGAAAUUCCAAUUCUUGGAGACCCUUUUGGAUUCUUGAGCUAAUUUAUGAGUAAAAGGUCAAAACAAAUAAAAGUUCUUUUCUUUCUUGUUGUUAGCAAGUUAUAAGCCUCUUGAAAUUCCAAUUCUUGGAGACCCUUUUGGAUUCUUGAGCUAAUUUAUGAGUAAAGUGUCAAAACAGAUAAAAGUUCUGUUCUUUCUUGUUGUUCGCAAGUUAUAAGCCUCUUGAAAUUCCAAUUCUUGGAGACCCUUUUGGAUUCUUCAGACAUAAAGUUGAUCAUAGUGUUCUUGCAAUGAAACAAUUUCAAGUUUAAUUUCCUUUUUUCUUGUUUUCAACAAGUUAUUGAUUCUUGUCUAAAAGAAAGCCUUUCUGGUGUAAAAAGGAGAUGAGAAUUCUGGGGGUGAAGUAUGGUUUGUGGAUUUCAAUGAUUUUGGGGUUUAUGGUGUUGGGGAAAGUGUAUGGAAUAGGAGCAAACUGGGGUACACAAGCAACACAUCCAUUGCCACCAAACAUAGUAGUAAAGUUACUUAAAGACAAUGGGAUUCAGAAAGUGAAGCUGUUUGAUGCAGAUUCAGAAAUCUUGAAUGCCCUCAGUGGCUCUGGAAUUGAAGUCAUGGUUGGAAUACCAAAUGAAAUGUUGUGGAGUUUAGCUAACAGUUUGGGUGCUGCUGAGAAAUGGGUAGAGAAGAAUGUCUCCUCACAUGUCUCUUCCAACAGUGUUGAUAUCAAAUAUGUUGCAGUUGGAAAUGAACCAUUUCUAUCUCAGUUAAACGGGACGUUUCUUUCAACAACAUUCCCAGCUCUUCAAAACAUCCAAGCAGCCCUUAUAAAAGCCGGUCUUGGUAAUCGGGUGAAAGUCACUAUUCCUCUCAAUGCUGAUGUAUACCAGAGUUCAAGUGAAAAACCUUCAACAGGUGAUUUUCGCCAAGACAUUCGUGAUCUCAUGGUGAGCAUUGUUAAGUUCUUGAGUGACAAUGGAGGCGCAUUUACUGUCAAUAUCUAUCCCUUUAUAAGUCUCUACAAUGACCCCAACUUUCCUGCUGACUAUGCUUUCUUCGACGGAUACUCAAACCCCAUCGAUGACAAUGGGAAAAUCUACAACAAUGUGUUCGAUGCAAAUCACGAUACCCUCCUUUCGGCAUUGCAGAAAAAUGGAUUCCCAAAUAUGUCGAUUAUAAUAGGGGAAAUCGGAUGGCCAACAGACGGAGACAAUAAUGCAAACUUGAAAGCUGCCCAGAAGUUCAACCAAGGAUUCAUGACUCACAUUUCAGGUGGAAAGGGGACACCAAUGAGACCUGGCCCUAUAGAUGCUUACCUUUUCAGUCUGAUUGACGAGGACGCGAAAAGCAUUCAGCCCGGUAACUUUGAGCGCCAUUGGGGAAUAUAUUACUUCGAUGGUACGCCUAAAUACAAGCUUUCUUUAGGUGCAAACAAUGGAGGUGGUUUAGUACCAGCAAGUGGUGUUCGUUACCUGUCUCGUCAGUGGUGCGUGUUGUCACCCUCAGCUAGCCUUGAUGAUCCUCAGCUAGCUGAUAGUGUAGGCUAUGCAUGUUCACAUGCUGAUUGCACCAGCCUCGGGCACGGGACAUCAUGUGCUGAUCUAGAUGCUCGUGGCAACGUUUCGUAUGCAUUCAACAGUUACUAUCAGGAAAACGACCAGCAAUCGAGUGCCUGCAAGUUUCCUAACCUUUCCAUGAUCACAAACACAGAUCCGUCACCAUCGGGCGGAACAUGUAAAUUCAAGAUCAUGAUCCAAGCAACUAGUCCUAGCAGCCAUAAGAACAAUGCAUUUACAACUAAGCCUGUCAAUGUGAUGUUUCUGUUUGUAGUUUCUUUGUUGUUGAGUGUUUUAUAGAACUUGUUGAGUCAUAUUUAUGUAUUUUCCAUCAUGAUUUUUGUUUACUACAUCACUCUGCUCCUCUGUUUGGCACCAUUCUUUUUAGGUCUAUAAUUUUUACAAUUUUUGAAGUUUUUUUGUUUUGGAAUCAAGACGUGGAUAUUAUAGUACUU